AUGACCGCAGCUGUCGCGACAACACAUAUCCCUCUCGCGUUCCAGGGGCUUAAAGAGGAACAUACACAGACGACGCAAAUACCAAGACGUCGCGAUGUACUAACAAAUAUCAACUAUUACAAAGACCCAGGCGACGGUUCACUACCGAUGCCUAUCGUGAUCGCCGACAACACGGUAAAAAACGAGCGCCCGCACAUCCCCCAGCAGACCAUCGUCCACGACGUGACAGGAGAAGAGCACAAAUACACCCUCGACAGCCACGGAUUUCAAUUCCUCCGACACGAGAGCAAGACCAAGUCCCUGCAAGACUUCCAAGACGAAGAGCACGUCAAGGGCAAAUACUACCCGGAGUCGAUACACCUGCUGAAAGAAGUAACCGGCGCAUCCCGCAUCUUCCUCUUCGACCACAAGACGCGCUGCGGACCAUCUAACUGGCACAAGCUAGGCAAGGGGAAUCGAUCUUCGCGCGGGCCCUUAUUGCGAGCACACGUGGACCAGUCGUACGCCGGCGCGGAAUUAGUCCUACGGCGCUGGUUUCCCGACGAGGCGGACGAGCUAGUUAAACGGCGGUAUCAAAUCAUUAAUAUAUGGCGCCCCAUCCGCCCCAUCCUCAAAGACCCCCUAGGCGUAGCCGACGGGUCCUCGAUCCCAGACGCCGACUUAGUCGCCGCAUCGAUAAUCUACCCCGCGGACCGGGACGAGACCUGGACGAUCCUGCCGCGCGCCACGCACCGGUGGUACUACAAGCACGCGCAGCAGCCCGACGAGGUACUCCUCAUAAAGUGCUUCGACUCCGAGGCGGGGGCGCCCGCGCGGCGCGCGCCGCAUAGCGCGUUCGAGGAUGCCGAGUACAAGGAUGGGGAGGCGCGGGAGAGUAUCGAGGCUAGGGCGUUGGUUUUUUAUGAUUAAUUGGUGGUGAUUAGGUAGGUAGUUUGAUUAUACGUAGGGUUGGGAUUGUAUCUAUUAUGUCGAGGUACAAGGUUAAGUCCUGUAGAACAAGAGACA